AUGCGUGCCAGCAGCGAGAGCGGAAAGACCGGCGUGCUCUUCGUGUGCCUCGGGAACAUCUGCCGGUCCCCGACGGCCGAGGCGGUGUUCAACAUGGUCGUGGAGCGCGCGGGCGUCGCGGACUCCUUCGACAUCGACUCGUGCGGCACUGGCGGCGGCAACCCCGGGUGGUAUAAGGAGGGGGGGUGGUCCUACCACGAGGGCGACCCGGCGGACUCGCGCAUGAAGGCGGCGGCGCAGCCACGGAACGUGUGCCUGACGUCGAUUUCGCGGCCGCUCAAGCCCGAGGACUUCUCCCGCUUCGACUACAUCAUUGGGAUGGAUGACUCCAACAUGAGGGCGAUUUCCACGGCCGCCGAGUACUGGGCGAGCAGCGCGAAGCUCGGGAAGGAUAUGCCGCCGCUCGACGAGUGCAUGUCCAAGGUGCGACUGAUGACCAAGUACUGUCGGGACAACAAGGGGGCGCAGUCGGUGCCGGACCCGUACUACGGCGGCCCGCAGGGCUUCGAGGUGGUGCUCGACCUGCUCGAGGACGCGUGCGAGGGCCUCCUGGCGGACAUCAACGCCGGGAAGGCCUGA